ACACCACAUCCACACCAGCCAGCAGGCAGGCAGCCACAGCCCACAGAGCACAAAUUAAUAAACCUGCUGGUAGUAGCCAAUCCUCGAUAAAGUGUACGUGCAGGCAGCUCUGCAUGUGCCGCACACGCUAGCUUAGCUAACCAGCAGCAGCGCAUCGGUCGUGUCGUCUCGUCUUCGUGUUUCUUCCACCAUGAUGAGCUCGCUGAAGCUGACGGAGGUCGUCUCCAAGAGGUGGGGCGGCGGCGGCAGCAGCAGCAAGGUGACCUCCCCGAGCGCGGCGGCGUGCCCGCGAGGCCACUUCGCGGCCUACACGCGGGAGGGCCGCCGCUUCUUUGUCCCCAUCGCCUACCUCGCCAGCGACACCUUCCGGGAGCUGCUCAGCAUGGCCGAGGAGGAGUUCGGCGAGCCCGGCGCCCGCCCCAUCGUGCUGCCCUGCUCCGCCAGCCAUCUGGAGCAGAUCCUCGACGCCUUCCGCAGCGGCGGCGGCGCCAAGAAGAAGAAGGAGAGCGCCGGCAGGAUCAGCAAGAUCUGGUAGCAGGAGACCAGCUGUGGCGUGGCAGUCAGUACUCAGUACUAUGGCCGACCUGCCAUGACGUAACAUCUCUCUGUACAAUGUACCUUUUCGUUUGUUGGAUUUUCUCCUGCUGGUUCAGUUGUGCAACGAGUCAUGCCAUGCAUGAGUUAAUUGUUCGAUGGUCGUGCAUUGUAACAUCAAUGUGUAGUAGUUCAGGUGCAGAGAUGUAUCUAGAAUUCUAGGUGAAUUCAUAUUCUGCUUAAAGAGUGUUGAUAAUUCUUUUGUCAUAGGAUGUUUUCAAGGGCCUGUUUGGCAGCACUCUGAUUUCUCUAAAAAUAACUUCAGCUUUGGCUCCUCCGCAAGAGUCUGUGUCUUUUAAAUAUACUAUUUGGCAAAACGACUCCUCAUGUAUUUUUUUAUUUAAUGUAAAGGCAAAUAUUCAUAGUGCCCCUU